UGCAAUGCAGUCAGCUGGUCAAUGCAAAUACCAUCCGUGCAGUUGGAUAUAAUAACCUCAAAAAUAUUUCGCGUUUUCAAUUUUGUUUAAAGACAGAGUUAAACAUUUUGUAUUAUUUAAAUAGAUUAUAUUAGAAAAAUAAAAUGUCUAACAUCGCAGCACCAAAGCCUCCCGGAGUACCAUCCGUACAAGAAUUUAGUAUAAGAGUACCAAAAAACAGUAAGAAGAAACAUAAUGUGAUGCGUUUUAAUGCAACAUUAAACGUUGAUUUUUCUAAAUGGAAACAAGUCAAAAUGGAACGUGAAAAUAAUAUGAAAGAAUACAAAGGUGUAGAAGAAGAUAUGCCAAAGUAUGGAGCUGGAUCAGAAUUUGGACGAGAUGCUAGAGAAGAAGCUAGAAGAAAAAAAUUUGGUAUUACAAGUAGAAAAUAUAAGCCGGAAGAUCAGCCAUGGAUUUUAAAGUCAGGUGGAAAGACAGGGAAAAAAUUCAAAGGUAUACGAGAAGGUGGUAUCAGUGAAAAUGCUGCGUAUUAUGUAUUUACGCAUGCACCUGAUGGUGCAAUUGAAGCUUUUCCAUUACACGAAUGGUACAAUUUCCAACCUAUCCAAAGAUACAAGGCACUUAGUGCGGAAGAAGCAGAACAAGAGUUCAGUCGUAGAAACAAAGUAAUGAAUUAUUUUUCAUUGAUGUUACGUAAAAGAAUGAAGAAUGACGAGGAAGGUGGAGACGAAGAAGAAUUAAUAGAUGGUGGUAAAGGUAAAAAAUCUGCUAAGAAGGAUAAAGAUUUGAAGAUAUCAGAAAUGGAUGAAUGGAUAGAUAGCGAUGAUGAUGAUUCAAUGAGUGAUGAACAAAGUAAGAAAGAUUCUGAUGAAGAAGAUAAUAACAAGAAGAAGAAAAAAGGAAAAUUGGAAAUACUAAAGAAGAAGAAGAAGAAAAAUGCAUCAGACGAUGAAGCAUUUGAAGAAAGCGAUGACGGUGACGAAGAAGGAAGAGAAUGCGACUACAUUUCAGAUUCGUCUGAUUCUGAAUCAGAAUUGGAACAACAGAAGGAGAUCAAAUCUGUAGCAGAAGAAGAUGCAUUAAGAAAAUUGCUUGCGUCUGAUGACGAUGAGGAAGACGAAGAACAAGCAGAUAAAAAAGAAGGGGAUGAAGAUAAAGAUGAAAAUGAAGAAAACAAGGAAAAGGACGAUAAGGAUAAAGAAAAAGAUGCCGUUGGAAAGAAGGACAAGAAGAAAAAGAAGAAACAGAGCAAAAAGAAGGAUACCAAAAAAUCUGCACCUGGCAAAUCUUCCUCUAGUGAUUUUUCAAGUGAUUCUGGAUCAGAAUCUGAUACAUUAAAAGAGAAGGAUAUCAAAAAAUCAAAUAGUGCACACAGUUCAAGAUCUGCAACUCCAACAUCCGCAUUGACCAACACAGCUGAUUCAUUUAAGAGAAAACAAUCAGGUUCCCCUGAUUUAUCGCAAGCUAAAAAAUUAAAAUUAGAUAACUUUAAUCUAGCACAAGUGACUUCUUAUAUACCUGGCGCCAGUGAAUCUGGUAUUACCGAAGAUGCAGUUAGAAGAUAUCUUAUGCGUAAACCAAUGACUACAACAGAACUUUUGCAAAAAUUCAAAUCUAAAAAGACUGGUCUCACAUCUGAACAACUUGUUAAUAUUAUGACUCAAAUAUUAAAGAAGAUCAAUCCUACUAAACAAACUAUUAAGAAUAAGAUGUAUUUAUCGAUUAAAUCUCAAUCGAAUUAAUUAUCUGAUGAAUGAGAAUUAUUGUAUUAUAUUAUAUUAUAUUUUUUAAGCGUAUAUAUCUAUUGCUAUUUUUAACGAAUAAUGGUACUACUUUUAUACUAGAUAGGUGUAUAUGUUGUUAUAAUGA